CGAUCGAGAGAGACGAGAUGGGCCAUCAGCAGCUCUACUGGAGUCACCCUAGAAAAUACGGCCAGGGCUCGAGAUCCUGCCGGGUUUGCUCAAACCGUCACGGACUGAUCCGUAAAUACGGACUCAACAUGUGCCGUCAGUGCUUCAGGCAGUACGCUAAAGACAUCGGCUUCGUCAAGCUGGAUUAAACGAGUGAACGGCUGAACUUUCAUGAUGGGGAGUCAACAUCAUUCCAGUCCAACCUGACGUCAUGAAGUUACUGUGGAAAAUACAAUAAACACUUUGUUUUGUUUCUGUU